GGGGCAGCUCGGCAACCGGAGCAGCAGGAGGUUCCCCGCACCUCCAGGCUCUUCCAAGCAGCUCUCCCAGCCGUGCCAGAGGCCAGGCCCGCCAUUCCCAGACCCGAGCCAUGAUGAAGACCUUGUCCAGCGGGAACUGCACUUUCAGUGUGCCCGCCAAGAACUCAUACCGCAUGGUGGUGCUGGGCGCCUCUCGGGUGGGCAAGAGCUCCAUCGUCUCUCGUUUCCUUAACGGCCGCUUCGAGGACCAGUACACGCCCACCAUCGAGGACUUCCACCGCAAGGUGUACAACAUCCGCGGUGACAUGUACCAGCUGGACAUCCUGGACACCUCCGGCAACCACCCCUUCCCAGCCAUGCGCAGGCUGUCCAUCCUUACAGGCGACGUCUUCAUCCUGGUGUUCAGCCUGGAUAACCGGGAGUCCUUCGACGAGGUCAAGCGCCUGCAGAAGCAGAUCCUGGAGGUCAAGUCCUGCCUGAAGAAUAAGACGAAGGAGGCGGCAGAGCUGCCCAUGGUCAUCUGCGGCAACAAGAAUGACCACAGCGAGCUCUGCCGCCAGGUGCCCACCACGGAGGCCGAGCUGCUGGUGUCAGGUGACGAGAACUGCGCCUACUUCGAGGUGUCAGCCAAGAAGAACACAAACGUGGACGAGAUGUUCUACGUGCUAUUCAGCAUGGCCAAGCUGCCGCACGAGAUGAGCCCCGCCCUGCACCGCAAGAUCUCCGUGCAGUACGGGGACGCCUUCCACCCCAGGCCCUUCUGCAUGCGCCGCAUCAAGGAGGCGGACGCCUACGGCAUGGUCUCACCUUUCGCCCGCCGCCCCAGCGUCAACAGCGACCUCAAGUACAUCAAGGCCAAGGUCCUUCGGGAGGGCCAGGCCCGAGAGAGGGACAAAUGUACCAUCCAGUGAGCGGAGACGCUGGGGCGGGGCUUGGGCAGUGCCUUAAGGGAGGUGGCCCCAUAUGCCCACUGCCCGCAUCCCCUGACAAGGCCCCAGCGGCAGAGUCGUUCAAGGAACUUUGGCACCAGAC